UUCUUUCUUUCUCAAGUCUUCUAACGUCCUGACCCUAAGCCCUCCCCCCUCUGAAACCAUCAUCUCAUCUACUGGGGAGCGUAGCAUUGUUCAUGCUAUUUAUGAUGUCAAGGAAUGGUCAGCAAGAAAAGGCACACUUAAUGUAGCUUUCACCUGGACAAAACAACUCAAUUAUGGAAAUGUUGAAUCACCCCCUCUAUUGGCAUAUCGCUACCUGUCUGGCUAUGGUCAAGAGAAGGGAGGGAUGAGUUGUCUCCUACGGAAUAACCUUGACCAACCGUUCAAGGUAAUUUACACUGAGACGUUUCCAUGGUAUAUGAGGCUCUAUUUACAUACACUGCAGAUCAGGAUUGGGGACAGCAUUAUUGAACCAGAUAAUGUCUUUUACAUGCCUGGCAGAGAUCGGUCCAACCCAUAUCUUCUUGAGGUCGUACUUACCCUUCCUGCAACCUCUGACAUGACCCUCAAGAUUGACUUUGACAAGGCUUUUCUUCGAUGGACAGAGUACCCACCAGAUGCAAAUAUUGGAUUCUUUAUAAAUUCUGCCAUUGUGAGUGUGAUGCUUCCAAGUACAAGUAACAUGUCUGGAAUUAUUGGUUCUACACAAAGGUUUGUUAUUCUUCAUGUUUACUAUCAUCCACCUUUCAUUUCUUGUAGAGUGGUUAUAAAUUAGAUAGUGAGUGAUGUGAGAUUUCUUGUAUGGUUGUUUAAGGCCCUGUCACACAUGCAUGUUGCAUGAGGGACACACAUCCCGUUUUACAGUUUUUGCCAGUUCGUCAUUG